AUAUAUAGGAAAGGAAAUGAAAGGAAACCCUCCAUACCCAAUGACUAACCCUUGCUUAGCUUAAGCUCCACUCAUCUACUUGUAUUCUAAUAUGUCAUGUCCUCAAAAACACUUAGAAUAAAAAUGCUUACAAAUACCUCCUCAUCAAACCUUCCUCCAAAACCCCUGAAAAUAAAGAUUGCAGAAGAUGAAGAUAAAUGCCUAACAAGCCAAGCUUCAAUGGAAGAAUAUUACCAUGGAAAACCAUCUGUUGGAAUUCCUUUCAUUUGGGAAUCUCAACCAGGCACUCCUAAAAUCAAGAUAAGAGAAAACCCUAUUCCUCCUUUAACUCCCCCACCUUCUUAUUUCUACAGCUCCACACAGAAAACUUCAAUUAAAAAGAAUUACUCUAAACCUAAUCUUUUUAACAAUCUAUUCCCUAAGCGUUCUUCUAUAAGAAAAAUAAGCCUUCCUAUUUCACCUCGUCCUUCUUCAUCAUCGUCGUCGUCGUCUUCUUCUAGGUCGUCGUUUUCAUCACAUUCUUCGCCGUCGUCUUCAAGAACAGUACUGGUUUCAAGAUCAAGAAAAUCUUUUGAUUCAAAAACUAUGAUGUAUGAAGGAGAGCAAGAAUGCGAUUCGCCGAAUUCUACUUUAUGCUUUGGGAUUGGUCGUGGAAUGAAUGUUAGGUCUCAAGGUUGUUAUGCAUCGAUGAUUAAGGUAUUGCUUAAUUAAGAUUAAAGUGUUAAUUAAGUUUAAUGUGUUAAUUAAAUGUAAUGGGGGUGGUUUUUCAUUUCUUGUGAUCAUAUAUAAAUACAUGUUGAAUGUAAGAGGGAGAGGAAGAAGAAGAUGAUAUUAAUUACCAAGUAACUCUUGAAUGAUCAUGGUUGAAUGAAACUUUAUUAUUCUUUUUC